AUUUCUUUGUUUACUUUUAUCGGAGCAACAUUGUUAUUAGAAAUUCAUCUUGUUGAUUGUACUUUCGUUUCUUAAUUAUGUUGACAAUUAUUUCAAUUCUGUUUAGUUUAAUUGCUUUAAACUAUGGAAGUGAACAUGUAUUUCUCUCUGAGACAAUUGAUCCAUUGUCGGAUGAAAUGAUUAACGAAAUUAAUUCACUCAACUCUACAUGGAAGGCUAAGAAAAACUUUGCCAAUGUUUCCCUGGAUUAUGUGAAAGGAUUAAUGGGUGUUCAUCAUACUUACGAUAAUGUGAUUCCAUUGGCCGAGGAAGAUUUUCCAAUUGCUUCCGAUAUUCCUGAUGAAUUUGAUGCUCGUGAAGCUUGGCCGGGAUGUGAUUCGAUCUCGUUUAUUAGAGAUCAAGCGUCUUGUGGCUCUUGUUGGGCAUUUGGUGCAGUUGAGGCCAUGUCUGAUCGUAUUUGUAUCGCUUCGGGUCAAAAGGCUCAGGUAAUUUUAUCGGCUGAAGAUUUGCUAACUUGUUGUGGUUUCCUUUGUGGUUUCGGGUGUAACGGUGGUUUCCCUGGAAUGGCCUGGUGGCAUUGGGUCCAUCGCGGUAUUGUCACCGGUGGAUUAUACGAGGGAGAGGGUUGUCAACCCUACAAGAUAGCCCCGUGUGAACAUCACAUUGUCGGACCUCGACCUGAUUGUAAAAUGGAAAAGACACCAAAAUGUGAGAAAACAUGUCAACCAGGAUACAAUAAAUCUUAUGAAGCCGAUAAACACUAUGGAUCCAAAUCAUAUUCCGUUAGUGGUGUGGCCAAAAUUCAAACAGAAAUCAUGACCAAUGGUCCAGUUGAAGGAGCUUUUACCGUCUACUCUGAUUUCGUUUCUUAUGCAUCAGGUGUUUACCAACGACACUCUCAUGAGCAACUUGGCGGUCAUGCGAUUCGUAUCCUUGGUUGGGGAGUUGAGAAUGGUGUUGAUUAUUGGCUUGUUGCUAAUUCCUGGAACACUGAUUGGGGAGAUAAGGGCUAUUUCAAGAUCAAACGAGGAACCAAUGAAUGUGGUAUUGAAGGAAAAGUUAACGCUGGACUACCCAAAUUGUAAUUCCAAUGAUGGACAAUUAAUUAAUCAUUAACAAUUAACCUUAUCAAUUUGUCAACAUUCAUAUUUUCAUCAUUCAAGUUAAAUCACAAAGUUUGAUUGUUAGACAAAUUUACGAUUUUUUUAUUGUUUAGAUGUUUUUCUUUUAUAUCUGAUGGAAAACAAAUCAAUUAAAUCAUCAAUAACAAUCAGAUCGUCAUUAAGUAAUUGUCACAAUUACUUGACCGCAACUUAUAACCUUUAAUAUUUAAAUGUAUUAAUAAUUUGAGAAGACAAUUAUUACAAUGAGCUCUUAUCAUCAACAAUUAACUUCAUAGUGAAUAAAUUGAGAGAAAAAUUA